UGACUAUAUUGAACCGGAAACAUUUACUCUUCUCGUUUCAUUUUCUAUCCAUCACACAAUUUAGGAAAGAUGAACACUCGUGGGCUUCGCUCUCAGCUGAAAGACAGUGUCCCUGUCACGGGGCUUGCUCCUCAAGCAGGAGCCUAUGGGGUUCAGGACACGAUGCGCAGAGGAUUCUCCAGUGUGAAGAAUGAACUGCUCCCUAGUCAUCAGCUGGAACUUUCAGAGAAGAAUUUCCAUCUCAACCAAGACAAGAUGAACUUCAGCACUCUCAGAAACAUUCAGGGUCUCCACGCACCACUUAAACUGCAGAUGGAAUACAGAGCGGCCAGACAGAUCCAGCGUUUGCCAUUCCUGCAGAGCUCCAACCUGGCCCUUGACACAUUGCGUGGUAGUGAUGACAGCAUUGGCUUUGAGGACAUCCUCAAUGAUCCUGCCACAAGUGAAGUGAUGGGAGAGCCCCACAUGAUGGUGGAGUACAAGUUAGGCCUGCUGUGAUUGGAGAUCGGUAGCAUUUGACUAUUUGAACUAAUUAGAAUAAAUUGUACUUACAUCCCCAUAGACGUCACUGUACACAAACUUGAGUAUGUAUUUGUAAUAAAACUGUUCCAUAUCUA